UGGUGUCGUGUGCUGGCUCCGCCCUCUUCCCGAGGGUGGGGGAGAACGGUAUAUAAGUGCGGUAGUCGCCUUGGACGUUCUUUUUCGCAACGGGUUUGCCGUCAGAACGCAGGUGUUGUGAAAGCCACCGCUAAUUCAAAGCAAAAAUGGGAAAGGAAAAGACUCACAUCAACAUCGUCGUAAUUGGACACGUAGAUUCCGGCAAGUCCACCACAACCGGCCACCUGAUCUACAAAUGUGGUGGAAUCGACAAGCGGACCAUCGAAAAGUUCGAGAAGGAGGCGGCUGAGAUGGGAAAAGGCUCCUUCAAGUAUGCCUGGGUCUUGGACAAACUGAAGGCUGAGCGUGAGCGUGGUAUCACUAUUGACAUCUCCCUGUGGAAAUUUGAGACCAGCAAAUACUAUGUGACUAUCAUUGAUGCCCCAGGACACAGAGACUUCAUCAAAAACAUGAUUACAGGCACAUCUCAGGCUGACUGUGCUGUCCUGAUUGUUGCUGCUGGUGUUGGUGAAUUUGAAGCUGGUAUCUCCAAGAACGGGCAGACCCGUGAGCAUGCUCUUCUGGCUUACACCCUGGGUGUGAAACAGCUAAUUGUCGGUGUCAACAAAAUGGAUUCCACCGAGCCACCAUACAGUCAGAAGAGAUAUGAGGAAAUCGUUAAGGAAGUCAGCACCUACAUUAAGAAAAUUGGCUACAACCCUGACACAGUAGCAUUUGUGCCAAUUUCUGGUUGGAAUGGUGACAACAUGCUGGAGCCAAGUGCAAACAUGCCUUGGUUCAAGGGAUGGAAAGUCACCCGCAAAGAUGGCAGUGCCAGUGGCACCACGCUGCUGGAAGCUUUGGACUGUAUCCUACCACCAACUCGCCCAACUGACAAGCCUCUGCGACUGCCCCUCCAGGAUGUCUACAAAAUUGGGGGUAUUGGCACUGUCCCUGUGGGCCGAGUGGAGACUGGUGUUCUCAAGCCCGGCAUGGUGGUUACCUUUGCUCCAGUCAAUGUAACAACUGAAGUCAAGUCUGUUGAAAUGCACCAUGAAGCUUUAAGUGAAGCUCUUCCUGGGGACAAUGUGGGCUUCAAUGUAAAGAACGUGUCAGUCAAAGAUGUUCGACGAGGCAAUGUUGCUGGUGACAGCAAAAAUGACCCACCAAUGGAAGCAGCUGGCUUCACUGCUCAGGUCAUUAUCCUGAACCAUCCAGGCCAAAUUAGUGCUGGCUAUGCUCCUGUUCUGGAUUGUCAUACAGCCCACAUAGCAUGCAAGUUUGCUGAGCUUAAAGAAAAGAUCGAUCGUCGUUCUGGUAAGAAGCUGGAAGAUGGCCCCAAAUUCUUGAAGUCUGGUGAUGCUGCCAUUGUUGACAUGGUCCCUGGCAAGCCCAUGUGUGUUGAGAGCUUCUCUGACUAUCCUCCACUUGGUCGUUUUGCUGUUCGUGACAUGAGGCAGACAGUUGCUGUGGGUGUCAUCAAAGCUGUGGACAAGAAGGCUGCUGGAGCCGGCAAAGUCACCAAGUCUGCCCAGAAAGCUCAGAAGGCUAAAUGAAUAUUAUCCCUAACACCUGCCACCCCAGUCUUAAUCAGUGGUGGAAGAACGGUCUCAGAACUGUUUGUCUCAAUUGGCCAUUUAAGUUUAAUAGUAAAAGACUGGUUAAUGAUAACAAUGCAUCGUAAAACCUUCAGAAGGAAAGAAUGUUUUGUGGACCAUUUUUUUUGUGUGUGGCAGUUUUAAGUUAUUAGUUUUCAAAAUCAGUACUUUUUAAUGGAAACAACUUGACCAAAAAUCUGUCACAGAAUUUUGAGACCCAUUAAAACAAGUUUAAUGAGAAA